CCUGCGAGGGGAGGAAAGCGACUGCGGACCCGGGACACACGGGCAUGAGCGAGCAGGCGCGCGCGCACACACUCAGCGCGGACAGACAGAGGCACCUCCACACGCAGCGCUCGGCGAAGAUCAGCCCGCACCGGACCGGGGGGUGAAAAAAAUGCGUCUGAAGCGCAUCUGCGCCUUCCUCCACCAGCUGUCCGUCCUCGCGCUCGCCGUCAUCGCAGGUCAGCAGGUCUUGCAGGACUGCGAGUCGGAGGUCGUUCUGCCCGAGUUCCUCCUCGCAGAUGAUGCUGCCCCGCCGGCUGCUGACAGGGCGAGCGGCCGCGAGGGAGACGCGGGUGCCGGCGGCGCGAGCAGCUCCCGGGAGGUCCGCUCCGCACCCGUGCCCACCUGGGAGGAGCACGAGCACUGGGACCCCUCCAGACGCCAGGCUCCGUCUCCGGGUUCGACUCCCCCCGAACUCACACUCCGCAUCCCGGCUUUCGGCAGGGAGCUGCACCUCGUCCUCAAGCGGGACGCCCGCUUCCUGUCGCGGAGGUUCGCGGUGGAGAGGAGACCGGCGGCGGGGGCGCGCGCGGCGUCUGCGGGCGACGCUCACGAGGGCUGUUAUUACAGCGGGCUGGUUCUGGGGCAGUCCGGGUCCACGGCCUCCUUCAGCACUUGCGCCGGACUGAUGGGGUUUAUUCAGCUCAGUGAUGAUUUUUUAUUUAUUGAACCUUUGAAUAACACAAUUUCCAUCACCGGACAUGCUCAUCGCAUCUACAGGAAGAUACGCUCUGCAGACCAAGGAUCAGCUGGACAUGUGUUCAACUAUUGUGAAUUCAUUCCCGAGAAGCUGAAAAGCAAAAACUGGAAAAUGUCAGAGAGCGGACGGCGGAAAAGGUACUCCUAUAAGUUGCUCCAUGAGUACAACGUGGAGACCUUGGUGGUUGCAGACCCCGCAAUGGUCAGUUAUCACGGAUCGGAAGCAGCGCAGAGAUUCAUCCUCACCAUUAUGAACAUGGUUUUUAACCUGUUUCAGCACAAGAGCCUUGGCAUUCAGAUCAACAUUCGUGUGACCAAACUAGUGCUCCUUGAAGACGCACCAGCAGGCGUGUACAUUGGGCAGCACGGAGAGAAGAUGCUGGAGAGUUUCUGCCGGUGGCAGCAUGAAGAAUAUGGCAGGAAGAGUGACUUCACCCGGUGGAGGGAGGACUUGCCCUCUGUGGACACUGCCAUUCUCAUAACCAGGAAGGAUUUCUGCGUGCACAAGGAUGAGCCGUGCGACACUGUAGGGAUUGCAUAUCUUAGCGGCAUGUGCAGUGAGAAGAGGAAGUGCAUCCUGGCAGAGGACAACGGACUCAACCUUGCCUUCACAAUUGCCCACGAGAUGGGGCACAACAUGGGUGUGAGCCAUGACAACGAUCACCCGUCCUGCGCCAACAGCCUGCACAUAAUGUCGGGCGAGUGGAUCAAAGGGCAGAAUCUGGGCGAUGUUUCCUGGUCUCGCUGCAGCCGUGAAGACGUGGAGAGGUUCUUGAGGUCCAAAUCCAGCAGCUGUCUUUUGCAGACAGACCCCCUAAGUCUGAAUUCCGUGAUCUUGCCAUCCAAACUCCCAGGCAUGUCCUACACUGCAGAUGAGCAGUGUCAGAUCCUCUUUGGGCCAACAGCAUCUCACUGCAAGAGCAUGCAGCACGCAAUGUGUUCUGGCCUCUGGUGUCGUGUUGAUGGAGAGCAGGAGUGUAAAACCAAGCUGGACCCACCCAUGGACGGCACUGAGUGUGACACGGGAAAGUGGUGCCGAGCCGGGGAGUGUGCGAGUGGGACGGCGCAGCCGGUGAACACCAUAGGCCAGUGGAGUGCCUGGGGCCCAUGGGGGCCCUGCAGUCGAACCUGCGGCACGGGGAUCGAUACCCGGCAGCGCAAGUGUGAGAGCCCAAGAUCCAGCAGGAUAGUAUGGGACUGCAUGGGGCCAACGAUACAACAGAAGCUGUGCGAGAACCUCCCCUGUUCACCCGGGCUGCCUGGCUUCAGGGACUUACAGUGCCAGACAUUCAACCGGCCAUCGCUCCGCUGGUACGCCGUCAUGGAUGAUGAGAGGCCGUGCACCCUCUUUUGCUCCACAUCUGGGAAGGAGCAGCCCGUCCUGCUUGCAGACAAGGUCCUGGAUGGAACCCGGUGCGGCCCGCAGGAGUCCGGCGUUUGUGCCAACGGGACUUGUCAGAAAGUGGGCUGUGAUGCCAUCCUGGGGUCCCUGGCCAGCGAGGACCACUGUGGAGUUUGCAAUGGGAAUGGCAAGUCCUGCAAGGUCAUAAAAGGUGACUUCAACCAGACCCUUGGACCAGGCUAUGUAGAGGCGGUGGUCAUUCCCACUGGGGCUCGGAGGAUCAGAGUCGUAGAGAAGAAGCCCACUCAGAGCUACCUCGCUCUCAAAGAUGCCAGCAAGCAAUCGAUUAACAGCAACUGGAAAAUCGAGCUUCCGGGCACUUUCAACAUCGCCGGGACGACGGUACACUAUGUCAGAAGGGGUCUGUGGGAGAAGAUGUCUGCCAAAGGUCCCACCACUUCCCCACUGCAUCUUAUGGUGCUGCUCUUCACCAACCAGAGUUGCGGGAUCCACUAUGAAUACACCAUCCCAGUUGAGGCGUCCUUGGUGGGGCGGGCCAGCGAGCCUCUCUAUAUGUGGACCCACUCCGGUUGGGAAGACUGCCAUGCUGUGUGUGGAGGAGGAGAAAGGAGGACCAUGGUGACCUGCACUGAGAUUGUCAACAAGACAACGAGCGUGGUGGACAGCCGGAAGUGCAGCCACCUGACGAGACCAGAGCCACAAGUACGCAAGUGCAAUGAGCAGCCCUGCCAGACCAGGUGGAUGAUGACAGAGUGGACAUCCUGCUCGAGGACCUGUGGGAAGGGUUCCCAGAGCCGGCAAGUGGCCUGCACCUGGCAGCUACGCAACGGUACCCUAGUAAAGGCCAAGGAACGGGACUGCAUGGGCCCAAGCCCGCGCAGUCAGCGGUGCGAGGGCCAGGAUUGCCUGACCGUGUGGGAGGCUGGCGUGUGGUCUGAGUGCUCAGUGAAGUGCGGCAGAGGGGCUCGGCCACGGCCUGUGAAAUGCACCAACCCGCGGCGCAAAUGUGACCUGUCAACUGUGCCGCGCGAGGUGGAGGACUGCGAGGACUACUCCAAGUGCUACGUCUGGAGGACUGGAGACUGGGCCAAGUGCUCUGUUACCUGUGGCAAAGGCAUGCAGUCGCGUGUCAUCCAGUGCAUGCACAAGAUCACGGGGCGCCACGGAAACGAGUGCUUCUCAUCCGAAAAGCCGGCGGCGUACCGGCCGUGCCACCUGCAGCCUUGCAACGAGCGCGUCAAUGUCAACACCAUCACUUCGCCGCGCCUCGCCGCCUUGACAUUCAAGUGCCUUGGGGACCAGUGGCCGGUGUACUGCAAGGUGGUCCGGGAGAAGAACCUGUGCCAGGACAUGCGAUGGUACCAGCGCUGCUGCGAGACCUGCAGGGACUUUUACGCUCAGAAGAUGCAGCUGAGAAGUUGACACCACCAGAGAAGGACGGUUUCACUUUAUUUAUAC